AUGGCUACCGGUGGAGAUAACGGUCGUUCCAGACGAAAUAUGAUACCACGAAAUGUCUAUAGUCCGGAUGAAUCGUUCUAUUGUGUCAUGGAUGUUUUAAAUCCAAAUAAAUAUCAUUGUAUUGAUAAAGAUUUGAUUUUAAAACAAAGUGGGAAAAAAGUGAUAGUACGAGAUGGUGAUAAAAUACUUGAAUUCGUAUUAAUAGCUAAAGCAGCAGAUUUAACACGCAUGUCAUCGCAAUCGGAAGAAGAAAACCAAGAACCGGAGAAUGAUGAUGGAUAUAGUGGUGGUACUCGUCGUGAAAGUCAGGUUGCUACAGCAUCUCGAAUAACUACAACCAAUAAUUUUGUAGCACAACCUACAGGAAAGAGAUCGAGCGUUUUCGAUUUAAGCGGAGAAGAGGAAGAAGAUGAAAAUGGAAGUGUUCAUUUCGCUCGUAUGGGUACUCAGCGAAAGACCGUACGACGGCGCAGUCUACCGCCAACUCAAGAUCUGGACGAGAGUCGGUCGUCUAAAAAUAGUGCAACUUCGGCCAUCAGUAAUAACUCAGUUUAUACAACACCUGUCCCUAAUAAUGUAUUAAAAGAUUUAACAGAAUCUAUAAAAGGACAAAUAGCAGAUCUCACUGAUAAAGUAGUAUCGGCUGCAAAACAAACAAGAAAUUUAGUAAAUAUAUACGAUGGACAGAAUCUGUUAUUGAUACCAGGACUCAGUCCUGCUGAAUUUGGUCGUAACGUUCUGUCUACCUUAUUUGCUGAUAAUGAAUUAGCAACGCAUACAAUGCCGUCGUUACAUCGUCAUAAACGUCGUCCGACCGAUCCACCAACAUUGGAUGCCGACAAAAUUGAUAUUUUAAAAAGUGAGCGAACAUUUUUCACUGACCUGUCGUGUCCUUCCUUAGUAAAAGCGGAGAGCAACUGACAUAAAAAAUAGGGCAAAAUUAUUCUUGCUUUUUUUUCUAUUAUUCGGCCGAAAACCAGAACGAAUUUAUUAGCAGAAGUACGAUAAGGUUGAGUUUUUUCACCGCUACAGUCAUUUCCUAUUCAUGGCAUAAAAACUUCAAAACAGUUUGAGUUUUGCGGAGGAUGCAUAGUGACAAAGGAGCUUUGAAAAGAAAGCUUUUGGCAGAGGAAACUUUGUUAUUAUACAAUUGUAUAACUAGCUUCUGUCAUUUAGGUACAAUUCGAAAUAAAUUUUGUAUGACUGAAAAGUUUUUUGCAACUUAUUAUGAAUUAUGUAUUGUUCAAACGUUGCGAACAAAAUGUUCGAAUGCGAAAAUCAA